AUGGCGAGCCCGGGGUCGCUGGAGACGGUCAUGCCUUCCUCCUGCCCCCGGCACGACGGCAGAGCCGCCACCGCUAACCCCUCCAAGACCCUGGCCUUCUCCAUCGAGCGGAUCAUGGCAAAGUCGUCGGAGCCCAAGCCGGCCUUCGAGGAGCGGCACGGCGGGCCGGGGCCGGAGCCAGGCAAGAAGCCGCUGAGCCUGUGCUCGCCCCUGCCCUGCGUGAUCCCCAUCCCGCCGCUGGGCUACGAGCUGCCCUCCAAGACUCUCAACUACUCGGAGCUGUGGAAGAGCAGCCUGCGGGGCGGUGCGGGGCUCUGCAAAGCCAACUGCGGCGUCUGCUGCAAGGCAGAGCUCGCCCUGGGCCAGCCCAGCGGCCGGCUCAUCAAGCCGCAGGUCAUCCACCAGGCAGGGGCCGUUCCGGCUGCCCCCCGCUCCCUCUACUACUUCAACUACCUGGACGCCGCGUACCACCCGGCCGACCUCCUGCACGGACAGCUCUUCCCGGCCGGCCUGCUGGGCGCCCCGCCGCCGGGGGGGCUCUCGGCCCACCAGAAGCUUUUCCUGCUGGAGAAUGCCAAACUGGCGGGGCUGGCGGCCGAGAAGCUGCCGCCGCCGCCUCCCUUCGCCCACAAGGAGCGGCUGCCGGGACACCUGGACCAGGUGAUGAAGGAGGCGGCGGCGGCGGAGCGCGGCGGCCCCCCCAAGGGCCACGCCAAGAUGGGGGGCGGCGGCGGCGGGGCGGCGGAGGGCAAGCCCAAAAACUUUACCUGCGAGGUCUGCGGCAAGGUGUUCAACGCGCACUACAACCUCACCCGCCACAUGCCGGUGCACACGGGGGCCCGGCCUUUCGUCUGCAAGGUCUGCGGGAAGGGCUUCCGCCAGGCCAGCACCCUGUGCCGGCACAAAAUCAUCCACACCCAGGAGAAACCCCACAAGUGCAACCAGUGCGGAAAGGCGUUCAACAGGAGCUCCACGCUCAACACCCACAUCCGCAUCCACGCCGGCUACAAGCCCUUCGUCUGCGAGUUCUGCGGCAAGGGCUUCCACCAGAAAGGCAACUACAAGAACCACAAGCUGACCCACAGCGGAGAGAAGCAGUACAAGUGCACCAUUUGCAACAAAGCCUUCCACCAGAUCUAUAACUUGACUUUCCACAUGCACACCCACAAUGACAAGAAGCCCUUUACGUGUGUCACUUGCGGGAAAGGAUUUUGCAGAAACUUUGAUUUAAAGAAGCACGUCCGAAAGUUGCACGACAGCGUCUCCAGCGCUCCUCCGCCGCGGGACCCUGGGCGCAGCGGGCAGAGCUAA